UGGAUUUUGUACUGCGGGGGAAAGUGUGACUUGGGUGGUUUGGCUGGCAAAGUUAUCGAGCUGGUUUUGCUGCUGCUUCUUUUGCUGGUCUACUACUUGUACUACUAUUACUCCUCUGCUGGUGCUGGUGUUGGUGGAAACUGGGUAUGGUUGGCUCUCAUUCCUUUUCUACUUUGCUGCAUCCUGUCUGCCACCGCCGCACUGCAAUCCCAAAAUGGCGAAGUGGAGACUGUGCCCCUCACUCCAUGGUGUGGCUGCUGGGCUGACCUCGACCUGCUGAGUGCAACCUCAUGGGGUAGACCCACCCCGAAUCUGUGGGUGUGCCCCCUCACCAACCAACCAACCAACCAAGACCCUCAUCUAAAAACUCUCAACUGCAGCAUCAUCAUCAUCAUCUCCAAAGUCUCUGCUACUACUAUAACGUCUCUAUACGACGUCGACUACUUUCUCCACUUUCUCCCAGGCAAUUCUUCACCCCCAAUUUCUCCUCCUCCUCCUCCGCGGUCCGCCGUCAGUCAGUCGCAAGUGCGGUGGGUGGACUGGACGACCGACGCGACUGGCCUUGACACACCCCCAAAAAAAGCUCGUCGUCGUCGUCGUUCAUACUUCUUAAUCUCUCAGCUCAAUCUCCGCGCGCAUCAGCAUCCAUCACCACAGCCACACCCACCCACCAGCUCUACGCCCCACCCACCAACUAACAAACUUUAAGUCCCACGAGAAAAAAAAUAAGGAGAGAAUAAACUCUAAGUCAGCUUCACCUUUUCAAAAAAUUGUCGUAUUCUCAUAAAAUUGCUCAGUUGUCAACACUGCGUCCCGUGGUGACAUUCAGUGAUCGACUCAUCAUUCAUACAUACAUAAGGAAAAAUAAUAACAAUAAGAUACUGCUUCUCUCCACGCCGCGCAUCACAUCACCACAGCUUUUCGUCCAUUAUUAAUUACAGUUCUCUUGCAAAUAACGGAAGGAAACUAUAAGUACUAAAAAAAUUACUUAAUUGUUAUCAUUAUUAUUGUUAUUAAAGCUGCUGUCCACAAAAACGCGUGACGACAAGUAACCAGACGAGGACGACUCAUCCAUAAAAAAAUAUAAAUUCAGCAGCUUUACACGAAAUUGGUUGAGUAAAUUAAAAAUAUUAUCCGCCCGCUCGCUCGCUCUCAUCCGGAAAAAUAGAAUAAUAAAUAAAUAAAAUACCUCCAGCAGCAAGAAAAAAGAAAAAGCAACAGCAAUUUAUAUUACCCAAAAUAAGCUUACAGUAAUAAAAUAAUCUAAUACCAGCCGCCAACACCUUCUGCAUCCAUUGUGUGAUUUCUUCCGUUUUCUUGUAUAAUCGCCUAAAAAAGAAAGAAAGUAAAGUCUAGACUACAAUUUAUUACCUGCUCUGCUACCGAAUCCGGAAGGGAAGGAAGAGAGAGAAAAGUGUACAAAAAAUAAUUAGUGAGUUUGCAAAGGGAGAGAAAGAAAGCUUGUUGUUCGCGUCUUCUUCUUCUUCUUCUUCUACUCGGUCCUCUUGUUGCCUUGCCUUUUCCGAUUUCUUUUUCACCACCACAACCAAUUUUAAGGGACGGUGUCUUUAUAAACGAUUAUUAUUAUUGGUUAUUACAUACCUCUCGUAAAUACGCUAUUGCUACUACUCGUUCGUGGUUGAUGAGUUAUUAAAUAAUUGAGAUAUACAAAAGAGAAACAAUUGUAAAAUGACGUGUAGAACAUGACGAGAUAAAAAAACCGCUUGUACUGCCUGUGGUGUAGUCAUAAGUAAGUAAGGAAGAGAGGAGAGGGUGACGACAAAAAGCAGUGAUUACUCACACACGCUUUUUUUGCGGAGAGCGACUCACUCACUCACUCAAGGAAAUACCCACCACUCGAGAUAUUCGGAUUAUGGGUGGAUCUCCUGAUGGAGGAGAAAGUUGACGAAUCUCAUUCAUUGUGAUAGCUAAAAGAAGACAUAAAAGUAACCAAACCAAGUAGAUCGGGAAGAUACAUGGGAACACACAAAAUUCUGCUGCUACGACGGCCGCCCCCACUUUUGUACGAAACGAGUAAAUGCCGGUAUCCAUCUCAUGAACAAUUAUUCAUUACGAUGAGGUUGCCAAUAAAGGUUGGAUAUGAUGACGAUCAGGAAGCGUUGACGGCAAGGGAGGCGUGCAUGUAAAAAAAAACUCUUGAAAUAUGGGGACUGAUCCAUCUCCGGGUAGUAGUGUUGUUCUUUCUCCUUGUGAAGUGCUAUUGUUCUCAUUGUCCGCGAGGUUAUUAAAAUUGUUGCCAGGCUGGCCUGGAGAAAAGCUAUCCGAGAAGCGGGGCUGGGCUGGGUCAGAGUCGUGGUCAUCAUCAGGUCAUCCUUCUUCUGUCGAGUGGUGUCGUUGUCGUCCAUUGUUGCGUAAUAAUAAUACUAAUAAUUUCACGUCUUGUUCUUCUUCUGGGGGUGACUACAAUUAUUACUCGCUGAGACUGAAAUGCCCACCCUAGCCAUGCCUUGGAUAUUCCCAUCCAGGUAACAUUCUUACACAGAAACGGACUCGAAACACAAACAGACAAAAAAAGUAUAUGUAUAAUUUCCGAAAAAAGGGAAAAAGUACAAGUGAAAGUGGUUCUUCGUGAGUGGAGAGGAAAGUAGCAGCAGCAUCAGCAGUCGCGCAUUUCCAGCUCCUCCAGUAGUGAAUUCAGUGCCCGAUGUUAAAUUGAGAUGAGUACGAGACACCGGGUGCCGCUGUGGACAGCAGCCAAGGCCGGGAGGGAGGAGUCAUAACCUUCGCCUCGUCUUGGAGAAUGCCGGGAGAGCAACAAGACGCUGCAUCGCGGAACGUGGGAUCCUCUUCUUCUUCAUCAGCAUCGCAGCAACAACCUCUCAUCGCCAACGCCAACAAACCAACACCGACGCCACUUUUACCACCCGGUCAACAACAGCCACAGCAGACAGCCACACCACCACCGAAGCAGACUUGCUCCUCCUCCACGACUCCAGACCACCAGCAAGGAACACAGAAAAGCUCACCUGCCGCAUUCGCCUCGUCUUCUUCUGCUCAAAGUUUACCACCUUCACCACCUCAGCAUCCGCCACCCCCACUCACACCUCCGCCCAGUCGAACCACACCCUCAUCGUCCUCACAACAUCCGCACCAUCAUCAUCCACAUCAUCAUCACCACCAUCAUCCGCAUCACCACUCCUCUUCCGGGCAUCAGCUCAGGAGAAGCAGUCGGAGCAAUGGGAGUGGUGGGGGUAGUGGUGUGGGGGGCGGGGUGGGACGAAGCUGCUCUUCACACUCGUCCUCGCCUUCCUCCUCGGACGAAGAGGAGGACAGAUCCAAGCUUGAGUUGGAGUGCACAUUUGCAGGACUGGAGGAGUCUGGGGAGUUGGAGUUGGAGGAGGAGGAGCCCAACGGGGGCGUGGAAGAGCCCGGUGGUGAGGACGACGACGACGAUGACCACCACGGAGAUGCCGACAUCACCCAACCAUCCUCCCCAUCAAGGGGACAACAACACCUGCAUCAUCACCAACACCUCCACCAUCCUCCUCACUCUCUCCCACUUGUUGGGAGUGGUGGUGGUGGGAGCGGUGGGAGUGGAGGCAGUGGGGGGAGCAAGGGUAACAAACGGAGGCGCAGUGGUGGUGGUGGCGGCGGACUGGCAUCGUCUGCAUCAUCAUCCUCCUCUUCCUUGGGGGGUGGUGGUGGUGGUCCUGCUGGUGGUCGUGGCGGUGUUGGCGGGCGUAGUGGUGGAGGAGGGGAGUCCUCGAAUAACAGUGUUGUUGGUGGUGGGGGCGCGGCAGGAGGAGGUGAGAUUGAACUUGGGAGUCCCGUUCCCCCCGGCGGGGGAGUGGAAGGGGGCGAUGGGGAAGGCGCUCCAGAGUUUACCGAGGUGAUCGUGCCCAUCCAGACGGUGGCACAGCAGUGUUUGUUCUACAUCACGGCCUUCUUCAUCCUGCUGGCCGUGUUCAGCCUCUUUGCAUUCCUCUUCCUCGUGCCUUUCGUCAUCGACCCGGCCUUCACCACCAUUUUUAUGGAGUUUGAUCCCGUCCCCGCAUUUUGCCACACUGUCGAAUCCAUUCAGCGGUCCGGCUCAUCCAACUGCAACUGGUCGUCUUGUCGGGAGGGGUGCACGCGAGAAAUCUUCAACUGCACCCAGAUCAAGGUCAACUAUCGACACGCAUCAUCCUCCUCUUCCUCCUCCGCUGAUCACAGAAACUCUAAACAGUCUUAUUCACCCAGUGCUUCUUCUUCUUCUACUUCUUCUCAAUCUCAUUAUUCUUCGGCGUCCUUGUCGAGUGGGAGUAGUUCCAGUCUUAGUUCUAGUACUUCGAGCAGUGACAAGAUGAGUGGUAGUGGUGGUGGUGGUGGCAAGAAGCGGACCAAGGGGAGUGGUGGUGGUGGGGGCAAGAGUAGUAGUGAAGUGGGCGGUGGAGUAGUGACUAAUCGCGUGUACGACCCGUCCUGGGACUUUACCGGUGCUCAUCUCUUUCCGAACGUGAAGGGCUGCGGCUACCCGCCCGUCGUCGUCUGCUCAACAUUCUUUGAGCAGUACGGCACGAAGGGGACCAACUUCUCGUGCUUCUACUCUCGUGUCGACCCCACCAUGGUGGUCACGGCCUAUGACCUCUCUCGCGUCUUCAUGGACCUCCUCUACUCCAUGGCCAUCCCGAUCCCAUCCUUCAUCAUCUCCGUCGUCUACCUCAUCUACGCCUACUUCCGCAUUUACAACACCCCUGCGCCCCGUCGCCCACCAACCGCGGCCGCGCCCCCUGCAAACCUACCAAACUCCACCACCAACAAUAACAUUGGUGGUGGGGGCGGUGGAGGGGGUGGUUCUCUCAACUCGGCCGACAUGACGACCACCAUGACGCCGGGGAACAUGGCGCCAAAGACGGGCGGGGGGAGCAACAGCAACAAGGGGCGGGUGGUUGAGGGCAGCAAUGGGAACCAUUCAGGCGGUGGCCUUCUCCCAAACUCGUCCUCGCGCCCACAAAUGUUUGAGAUGAAUGACUUGAACCCAGGCCUUCAUUCUGCGGCGGGUGGCGACGCGGAUCUCGCCCUUCCUCGGAGGAAUAACAGGGCGGCCCCCGAGAGAGGCAGCAGCACCAACCCUCAUGCCAAAACUAAGGGUGGGAGGAGGAGAAGCAACAAUUCUUACCUCUCCGACGACGACGAAGAUGACGCCGAGACUUCCAACGGCGCGGGGCAAGCGUCCACUUCCAUUCGUUACCUAGAACCUGGCGUCCUGCCCCAUCGGAGCAACGUUCUUCCACCCAUCCAGCUCCCCCUCCAACCACUGACCCCACACCCACCUCCACACAAAUCAUCACCAGAUAACACAAACUGGCCGAUGAUGAGGAUGAAAGUCACUUGAACAGUGAAUGGGCGGACGGCUCAGUCCUGAAACGCUCCUUCCACGGUCUCGGAGAUGUCUCCUGGAGGCCGAAGUAAAAAAAACGCCACCAACGCAGCCUUACCACCAAAUCCAAUCCAAUCCCAUCCCACCAUGAAAAAAGUAAUAUCAAGAAACAUCGAAUCUCCACUUCUUCUUCUUCUCAGCCUCCUCAAAAAAAGUCAGACCAGACCAGACCACGCCACACCCACAUCAUCGUCAUCGUCGUCAACAUCAUCAUCAUCAUCGUAAAAAAAUAUGCCACACGCUAUACUCCUCCCCUCUUCCUCUCAACCACUCAUCAUAAAUAGCAGCUCUAGAUAAGUAGAUCAUCAUCACCCCCUCCUCCGACAGCAGUACCUCAGCAGCAUCAGCAGCCGCCAUAUUAACAGCUUCAAAAACUAACGAACCUCCUCCCCCCGUCCCCCCCAAAAAUAAAAAAGUCCCCCGCCAAAAGGCCGGACGAAAGUGGAGUCACCACCGUCGGGAGAGAUCAAAAAGUCAGUCAGUCAUCAGUCCUUAUUAUUAUUAUUAUUCUUAUUCUUAAGUACUUAUCUACUAAAAAAAGAGCACAAUUUAACAAUUAGCCUACAUAAUUAUUAUUAUACAACAAUUAUGAUUAUGCGUCGUCCUUACUAAUGUGCAAUUAAUCACGAAAUGGAAAAAGAAGAGAAAGAGUAUGUACUGUAAGAAAAACAGUUAUUGUAAUUACCUAUCUACGACGAGAAAAUGAUAGUAGCCAAGCCAGGCGAGAGAGACUCAUCGUCGGCGGCGUCGUCGUCGUCGUCGUCAUUUGUAUAAGAGCUAUUUCAAGUAGUUGUUAGUCUGCCAGUUUAUAUAAAAGAAGAAGAGAAUUAAUAAGUGAAAAGGGAGCAGCAGCUUUUUCAAUGUUUUUUUUCUUGGGUGGAAGAAACCACCCACCCACCAAUUUUUACAACUUUUGAUCUAAAUUCAUCUAAAAUAUUUAACAUAAAUACCAAACAAACUCGCAUAUUUCUACCAAAUUUUGAACCAUUUCCUUUUUCUCUCUCUCAUCUCUCUCUCUUUCUUAUGAAUUCUGCCACCGCAAAAACAAAUACCAAUCAAAACUAAUCCAGCCGCAUAGCAUAUUUGUAUGUAUAGCAAGAAUUUAAGCGAAAACAAAACCAACAACUAAUUAAUUACUUAAUUAAUUACUCUGUAGUUAUUAGUCAGCCAGCCAGCCAGCCAAUUUAUAUACAGAGCAGACACACACACACAAUCUUUCUUAAAAAUCGCCUCACUCACACCCAUCGUUCCGUUAAUCUGGAUUACUUUCUCCACCACUUUCUCCUCUCUUUUGGCCAGCCUCUCCUCCUCCCAAACACUUGAUACAUAACGCUUCUCUACGACAACAAGUACCGGUCGGGUGAUGUGAUGAUGACCGGUUACUCCUUCUGUACUGACGUAGACUUUGAUAAGUAGGUAGGUAGGUAGGUAGGUAGGUAGGUAGGUAAAUUGUGGGGUGGGGAGGAAAAAAAUCAUCAUCACCACGGUCAACCACCGCCGAGUGAGGUAAAUAUGUAGCUAUCUAAAAAAAAGACUCGAUAAUACGUAGUCUUCUUGUCACCCACACAAAAAUUAUACUUAAUUACAUACGACGAUGAAUGACAUUUUUCCAAACUAAUGAGACCCUCUCUCUCUCUCUCUCCAUUAAUUAAUUAGUUAAUUAAUUACUAGAAAUGAUGAUGAUGAUUUUGGGUAGUUUUGAUAUUGUCAAUCAACCACCACGUGAAAAAUAAUAAUAUGUACGACACACCACGUAUAAAAAAGUACUACUACAUAAUAAUGAUAUCCAUUCAUGAAUCUGCCUCCUAUGCCUGCCUCUUUCUAAGCCUAUAUUCUAUAUACUUACUAAUUACUCUACGCUACAUAUGGAUAUGGAUACAAAUUUAUUAUACAAGUCGGAGUCGGAGACACUCUUAAAAUGUAAACUAUCUCAGAAACACGGAAGAAGAAUUCUCACACACUUUCUCUCUCACUUUCUCUCUCUCUUUCUCUUUCUCUCUUAAAAUUUCGGUCUAGUCGUCCACCCCAAAAACUACAUUUUACACGUGUAACACCAAACCUGCAUAAAUUCUAUGAAAGUACACACUAAUUACUUACAUACAAAAAAAGUACACUUUUUGUCCUAGAAAUUAAAUCACAAUCAAUUUCAUGAGAUCCUAAAAAACGUUGCUUGUUUCUACCCUUUUACAUUUCUUCUUUUACAUUUUGUAUUUAUCAUGUAUGUAAAAAAACCUUAUCAAAAACACAAAGACACAACUUCCAGCAUGAGACUGCAUAUUAUUACUUAAUUAAUUAAUUAUUACUUUAAUAAUUAAUUAUUACUUUGAUUACCCUCUCUUUUCUUUAGUAUGAAUGCACAAGUAAUUUUUAGGGAGAAAGUACUUACACUAAUGACAAACCGCCUGAAAUAAAGAAGAAGAAAUCACGCUAAUUGAUUCUACCAAGAUUUAGACGAGUCAUUUAAAUUUCCUUAUUUGCUUAUUGAAACUUUUUCAUAGAGAAGAAGAAAAAACUAUGUAUCUAUUUGCAUACAUCACAUCGGAACAAUAUUUAUCCCACCCAGUCUAAUACCGCAUUUGUACCAACCACCCACAUACCUGACCUCCUCUCGUCCCUGCUCUUUGCAUAGCUAAACAUAAAAAUAGGAUAUACUAAUUACAGAAUAAUUGACGAUAUUCCAAGAAAAGAAAAAACCAACAGCUAAAAACUACCAAUAAAUGUGCAUCAUUAUUUCUCAGAGAGAGGAAAAAAAUAAUGCAUCCACAAAAAACACACGACACACACACAACGACGACACACGCAGGAUGAUGAUGAGUCUAUAAGUGAGAAUAAAUGUAAGCUUGAUACGCUGGAGUACAUUUUAAGUAAUUAAUUAACUUUAUGUACAAUUAAGAAAUAAAUAACUGCUCUAGAUUAUAAAAAACAUGACAUAUUACACGAGCUACGAGGAUAUGUAAUAAUAAAAUGAUAUGAUGAUGAUGCAGACGAGACUAAAAUCUAUGUAAUUAAACAAAAAACUUGAAAAAUGAUGAUCUAUCAUGUCGAAAUUAUAACACUUAAUGAAAUGAUUAUUAUGUACGUAAGGUAAUAACAAAAAACAUUAAAAAGGUACAUACCUACAUACUCUUCUAUAAAUCAUCGCUCUGCUGCAGCUACAUAAAAAAUACCAGUUUUACAUACAUACUUAAAACUUGUCCACUCCACGCCUCAAGAAAAAACAAACAAAUUUUAUUCACCAACCACACGCCACAAACCACACCCACCCACCAAACCACGCCACGCAACGCCAUAAUGCCACCAACCAACUAAAAACCAGCUGAAUACUUCUUCGUCUUCGAGGGGUAAUUUAUAAAUGGUUGAGUUUAUCUAUCAUUCAGUGGCUGCGGAAGUUUGGGUGGGGACAGAGGGGCAAUGACCCCACGGGUAUCAUCUGCCCAUGUUAUGUAAACCCCCCCUAUCCAGCAAUGUUAAUGUCCCCACGGCUUCCGCGGUCACUGCUCUCAUUAUGUAUCAUCAUCAAGAAACGCCGCUGCUACUAAAAAAUAAAAUACUAAAUACUGCAUUUCCUACAAUAUAUCUCCUGCUCGUCCCCCGUCCCCUCUUUGUCCCGACUUCCUACUCCUCCUCCCCCGAAAAAAGAAGAAAGAAAGCAUAUUAAGCAUAAUACGGAUGAACGGAUGAUAACUACUUAACUACAUACUUGUCGCCGCUGCUACUAAAACUUACAUAAAAUAAAAAAUAUUAUAUGGAUAAAGUACUACGUCAUCUUUUUAAAUUGAUUAUCUGGUCUUAUUACAAAUAUAUUUACAAAUUAUUACUUGUUAUAUAAUUAUCUCAAUUAUCUAUUAAUUAGCCAAGUAUAAUUCUUACCUCUUUGUUAUAUCUUCGGAUCAUCAAUACUACUACUACUAUAAACUACUAUUAAUAUUACUACUACUACUAUUAUAAACUACUACUGUUAUAUAUUAUGCAACAAUCACACCGUUUUAUGCAAAUUCAACUCGCAUAAAGAUAUAAAAAUGCUGCAACAUUUGCGAAUAAAAUUUGAAAAAAGUUGA